AUGAAGGAUCUUCAUUCAACACCUUUCUCUUCCCAUCACGCCAGUCAAUGUGACUCCUGCGUUUUCCAGCAGCAUUCGCUACGCAGUCCAGACUUUAGUCAAGCCUUGGUUGGUGGUCAGAAAGGCUACCAGACCUACCGGGACCUACCAUGGGAUCUUCAAAAAAUUCAUCAGCCAGCCAUCCAAGUAAGACAUCUCGAGCCCUGGAAAAUUGCUCUUAUUGUUAUUGGAACAGCAGUGGCAGCAGCUGUCACCAUUGGUCUCCUAGUAUAUUUUCUGGCAUAUGAUCAGAAGCUGUUCUAUUACAGUGGCAACAUAAAAAUCACCAAUAUCCGGUACAGUAAUGAACUGUCCAGACAGUCCUCAGGAAGGUUUAGAGACCUGAGCGAGAGGGUUGAGAGACUGAUCGACAAGACAUUUUACAAUUCCAUUUUAAGGAAAAAAUACAUCCGUUCACGCUUAAUCAGAGUGAGCCCAGACGCUGAUGGUGUGAUGGCAGAGGCUUUGCUAACAUUCUGGUUCUCCGCUACGGAUUCUAGAGAAGCAUUGCGAGAAAGAGUUGAAAGGAUCUUACGGAGGGGCCUGAAAAAAUACACAGGGCCCCUGCGAAUAAAUGUCAGAUCUUCCACCAUCUCAAAUAUGGAGGCGAAAAGAGCAGAAGCCCUCUUCAAUGACAUCUGUGGGUUACGGCAGAAUAGAUCAGUCAAGUCAAUGGCAAAAUCAUCAUCAUUGCGAAUAGUCGGUGGAUUGUCUUCUGCAGAGACCGGGGACUGGCCAUGGCAAGCAAGUUUGCAGUACAAUAAUAUCCAUCGCUGUGGUGCAACACUCAUCAGCAACACGUGGCUUGUAUCUGCAGCUCACUGCUUCAGAGACAUGAGUCACCCUCAGAAGUGGACUGCUACUUUUGGAGCUCUUUUGAAGCCACCAAGCUUGAAACGAUCAGUCAAGACUAUUAUUAUCCAUGAAAAGUACCGCUACCCAGAACAUGAUUAUGACAUUGCACUUGUGCAGCUCUCUAAACGAGUUGAGUUUACAAGUAGCAUACACCGCGUUUGUCUGCCUGAGCCAUCUCAGUCUUUCCUGUACAAUAGUUACGCAGUCAUCACAGGCUGGGGAGCACUUACCAAUGACGGUCCAACUCCAAAUGCUCUUCAGGAAGCAACAGUGAAACUUAUCGACUCAAACACUUGCAACAGAAAAGAAGUGUACGAUGGGGACAUAACGCCCAGGAUGUUGUGUGCGGGAUACUUGGAAGGAGGAGUAGAUGCUUGUCAGGGGGACUCUGGGGGACCACUGGUUACUCCAGACACUAGACUGAUGUGGUACCUCGUGGGAAUAGUGAGCUGGGGAGACGAAUGUGCCAAACCAAAUAAACCUGGAGUUUACACACGAGUGACUUAUUUCCGUGAGUGGAUUACCUCAAGAACUGGCAUCUAA